CUCCUCCUAUGCACCUGGAGUUUGGCUCGCUACAGCAGGCAGGAAGGUGAUGUGGAUGAAAGGAUCAAGACUGCCAUUCACUUGUCACAAAGGACACUUUCUAUCAGCUAACUAGCAGUUGGCAUUGCCCAAUACUAGUAGUUUUAACCAACGGAUUCCAGCUAAACGAAACUGACUUUCACCAACUGGGAAGUUGGUUUUGUAAAUCCAUUUACAAAAUUACAGCCAAUUGCAUCAGGCUGCCAGAAAGAAUUUCAAGGAUCUGCAAGUUCCUUUUCUGAAGUCUUGUCAGUCUGGCGGCUAAGAUUGAAAAGAGUACUGGAAGAUGGAGGAUGAAGAUGGGUACAUGGCUAUAGAGCCAGCCACCCGGGACACGUACCCAAGACCACCUCUCAAGAAAACCAAAGAUCCAUCCUCCAAUCUUCUCUGGUGGAAAAUUGGUCUUGGCAUUUCACUGGCGGGAAUUGUUGCUUUGACACUGGCUUUGAUCAUUCUCACUCUUCCAGCUUCCCAAGGCUCUGUUCGAAGAAGCCAGGUGGCCUUGCCACAUCCCGUGAUCUACUCAGCACAACAAUGUGACUCCCUAAACAGUAGUGCGUUGGAACGUCUCUCCAAACUCCCAAGAUACGAUUCAUGCAAAGACACUUUUGCCUCAUGUUUGCGUGAACCUUCUGCCAUCUGCAUACAAGUGCCAAAGACCCCCAUCAUUGCAGCAGUCAAUGAAACGGCGUUCAUCCCCGUUGAUGUCAAAGUCCCAAAGACUGACUGGGAUUUUGUUGAAAUCCAGUGGCACCACAUCAAAGGAACGGGAGAUGACUUUAUCCUGAAACUUAACAUGAGGUCAUGCAGCCUAACCAGCAAGCCGCAGAAGUGGUGGCAGCGUUAUUGCCACCUCUUUUAUGAGGUGUUGCCGAAACAUCGGAGGAGAGUGUCAGUCAUGACGAACGCCUGGCUGGUCAUCUGCAACGUGCAACCAGAAGAUUCUGGGAGAUAUCAAAUCACAGUGAUAUCCAACAACAUGAAAGAUGCAUGUAGUUUUGUGAAUCUUUCAGUGGCUGGAGGUAAGAGGAGGCAGAGAGGUGUAUGGAGGUUUGGUACACUACAGCACAGACCUGUGCCUGGAAAAACACAGCACAAAACCAUCCUGGGUGAGCCCAGAAUUAAGUGGCAAAACUUUUUCCUGGUUUGCACCACUUCAGCCUGAAGGGUGGAGGGUGGGUAUUUGAAUUCUUCAUCACAUGGAGGUGGAAGGGAGAGAACCCUGAGCACAGAAAUUGAGCACCACCAGGAGAUUGUAAUUGUGCUAGUUUUCUAUGUGUGUCAGUUGUUGUUGUUUUGUAACAUCUUUAUUGAAAGCACAAAAAGUACAUAACUGUAUGUGCACCAAACAUGGUGAUACACAAACAAAAAGAGAAACAGAAACAGAACCCGUGCAGAAGGGAAAACAAAGGGGGGGAACCCCAAAAUUGUAUAUUUUACAAGGUUGUUAUUGUACUUCACCAGAUCUUAACCUAUUACAGUAUUGGUAAGAAGGGAUUCCAAAUAUCAUUGAAUUUGUCCAUGGGAAGUCUGCGUUUCUAUGCAAGUUGUUCGUAUGUUGCGAGUUUGUAUAAGUCUUCAAUCCAAUCGUAGAACGGAGACACAUUUUUUAUUUUUCCAUUUCAUCAGUAUCAGCCUUUUUCCUAUGGUAAGGGCACGGAGGGUCCACUCAUAUUGUCCUUUUGUAAAGUUCCAUGUGCUGGGUAUAUAAUUCAAGAGGAUAUUCUGCUCUGUAAAUGUAAGGUUGUUCUGUACAGUUCUGUUGAUGAUUUCAGUUACCUUCUACCAAAAUCUUUCAAUAUAGGACAAUGAAAAAAAACGUGUUUUAGAGAAGCAUUAUACCUAUUGCAUCUCCAACAGUUACAGUAGAUGUCUUAGAUCAGGCAUAGGCAACCUUGGCUCUCCAGAUGUUUUGGAACUACAAGCCCCAUGAUCCCUGACCACUGGCCCUGUUAGCUAGGGAUCAUGGGAGUUGUAGUUCCAAAACAUCUGGAGAGCCAAGGUUGCCUAUGCCUGCCUUAGAUAGCCCUUUUUAAAACAAACGUAAUAGGGUUCACAUAGGGACCCAGGUAGCGCUGUGGGUUAAACCACUGAGCCUAGGGCUUGCUGAUCAGAAGGUCGGCAGUUCAAAUCCCUGCAACGGGGUGAGCUCCCGUUGCUCGGUCCCAGCUCCUGCCCACCUAGCAGUUCGAAAGCACAUCAAAGUGCAAGUAGAUAAAUAGGGACCGCUCCGGCGGGAAAGUAAACGGUGUUUCCGUGCGCUGCUCUGGUUCACCAGAAGCAGCUUUGUCAUGCUGGCCACAUGACCCGGAAGCUGUCUGCGGACAAAACGCCAGCUCCCUUGGCCUAUAGAGCGAGAUGAGCGCUGCAACCCCAGGGUUGGACACGACUGGACCUGAUGGUCAGGGGCCCCUUUACCUUUAAUAGGGUUCACACAAACUGGUUCUUGGAGGCAAGGAGCGGGGAACCUCGGUGCCAGAAAGCAAUCAAGGUACACAAGCAUAGUGCGUUUACACAUCUGAGUAGCAGCUGGGGAGGGGACAGGCUUUUUUCCUCUUUUCGUCCUAGUGGUCUGUGGUGCAAUAUGAAAUCUGUUUUGCAUCUUACAGGGUAUCAUCUAAUUAAGUGUUCAUAACCUAUUCCUUUCUCUGCACUUACAAGAACAAAUGUAGAAUGUGAUAGUUCUGGUUCUGUGAUCAAAUGUACCAUGCCUUUGUAAACCCUAUAAAUAAGACCUUUUUUUGUUGCUGUUCUUUUGUAGCCUACAUAGAAUACAGCCACAGAUCUCAUGAACUGGGGGCAUGUAGCCUUGAAAAAGAUAUGGCAGAUUUAACAAAGUACAAAAUUCAGUACCAGAGUGCCAUCUAGAAUGGAACUGGUCUUUUGGGGAGCUUUGAGGAAGUCAUUUUGCAUUUCUUUUCCUCUAGAAAAGUGAAUAUAUAGAAGGCGCUGAACAUAUCCACUGCCAGCGCUUCCUGCUUCAAAUCUUAAGGCUGAUCUCUUGCGCUUGCAUGUUGAAAUUAGGGUUCAUGUUGAAAUAUGAAAAUGUUGAAAAUAGGGUUGCACCAUGUUCAUAGACUGCAAACGGGGCUCUCUCCUUUCUCAUGAUGUUUUCAGGGAGCCCUUGCAAGCUUUUCUUCCCAUCCAGCAUUGCUCUCACUCUAAAUGGACUUCAUGACAGUGCCAUGUAACGGUAUGAAGUUGGGCAGUGUGAUGGAAUUUGAAGCCAAAUCAGGGUGAUGACAAUCAUUCCAGCACCGUAAGGGAGGAAGGGAGAAUGGCUCUGAGCAGGAACGGGACAGUGUACUUGCACCUCUGCCUGAAACAUCUGAAGCAACUUUAUGUUGAGUCAGACCAUUGAUCCAUUUAGCUCAGCUUUGUCUACACUGACUAGAUAACAACACCUGUCCGAAAUCCUGGAGAUCUGCUGCCAGUCAGUGUAGAAAAUACUGAGCUAGAUGGGCCAAUGGUCUGGCUCUUAUCCUCCUCUGCUAUGCCCCUUUGACUCCAACCUUGUGAGUGAUGAUGUCCAUGUUUUUUUCUUUUUUCCCUUUCAAAUA